AUGGACAACAAGCGAGCUUCUUCACGCCGAUUCAAUAAUCCGGUUCAAUGGCAAAACAAAAAGGAAUUCUUUAAAAUAUUUGGAAUCCUAUCCAUUCUGCUAUGGCUUUUGUUUCUGUCAACCAUGUGCUACCUGUAUGGGUCGACAUGGAAAUUUCCUUCCAGAGUGCAAGCGUUCCACAUUUUGUACGUCGAUUACGAUCAAGGUGUCAUCGGCAAGAGUGUCGAUCAGGCGUAUGAGAGAUUGCGGGGACCUUCGUUUCUGACAUUGGAUAAGGCGGACACUGCCAGAUUUCCCAGCAUAGAAGAUGUAGUAGAUGAGGUCAAGAAAAACAAAUACUGGGGAGCGUUUCUCGUCCAUCCCGACUCAUCGGACCGUCUUUCUGAAGCGAUUCAGGGCGGCGAGGCGGCUAGCAAGUAUGGAUCAUCGCCUGCGCUGACUUACGUUUGGAACGAAGUGCGGUAUCCUCCGAUUACGGACGAGGCCAUCGAAGGCAGUUUCACCGGCCUUGUCGAGGCUACGCGUCAGUCGUAUAACGCGCUGUAUGCAUCGCAAGCAAUGCAGAACUUAAACAGCUCCAGUCCACAGGCCUUACAAGCGUUUCUUGAUCCAGUGCCGUUUUCCUCUAUUAAUUUGAUGCCCACGUUGCAAGGAACUAAGUUGUUCUACAACACGGUAGGUAUGGUGAUGCCCAUUCUUCAACAGUUUUUCUUCCUUCUGAUCCUCAAUGGGCUCUCUUACGAGCUCAAGAUAUACAAGGAGUUAUCUUUUCAGGCCACACUGCUUCUGCGGACAAUUGCAAGCGUUGCUUUCACUUUCGGCGCUUCGCUCUGCACUGCAGGCUACAUCUGGGCUUUCCGUGAGGCCUGGCAAGUCAACGGAAACCAGUUUGUUCUUAGCUGGAUGGUUUACUGGCUUCUCAUGUACGUGCACCUGCUGAUCUUGGAUUGCUGCACCGCCUUCCUUCCUCCCCCGGCUUUGCCAUUCGUUGUCCUCCCGUACAUCAUCAUCAACAUCACGGGCACAAUCAGUCCGUUUGAAAUCAACCCAGGCUUCUAUCGCUGGGCAUACGCGUUGCCUGCAAAAGAGGCGUACGACGUUCUAACGGAUAUCUGGUCCGGCGGCUACGUGCCAAGUCUGUAUCGUGCUUUGCCAGUAGUGUUUUCUUGGCUGGUGGCGGCUAGUGUUGUUGCCGUGUUUGGACACCGGUUCAGGUACAGAGCACUGCUACGCAAGCUCAGGGAAGCGGACGAAACUGCCGAGAAGCGGGUAAGUACAAGUGUCAGCCCUACUUUUACUGAUGUGAACAUAAAUCGCCACAUAGAGGAAGAUAUGGAUAGCGAAGUGUGA